AUGGGUCUCAUUCAAUUGCUUUUUCUGACAACACUGUGGUUGGUUGUUGUCAAGGCGCGACUCAAUUCUCGACAGCCAAGUGGCUACACACCCAGCCGAAUUGUAGGUGGCUCGGAUGUGCCAGUCGGAGAAUUUGUGCCCUACCAGGUCUCGAUGCAGUAUUCAACACGUGGUGGUUACACGCAUUUCUGUGGCGGUUCCAUAAUAGCAUCCGAUCGCAUAUUGACAGCAGCUCAUUGCUGUGAGGGACUCAAUGCUUCACGGAUGUCGGUGGUGGCGGGUAUUAGAAAUCUGGAUGAGCGGGGCGGACAGCGGUCUCAGGUGGUGUCCUAUGCCAUACAUCCGAACUACAAAGAGCUGGAAACGAGCGAUAUUGCUGUUUUAACAAUACAACCACCGCUGGUCUUUAAUAAUGUUUCUGUGGGUCUUAUAGCAUUCAAUGAUAAACAGUUUGUGGGCGGUGGUGUUCCAGUUACUCUGACCGGUUGGGGCUUAAGAUUGCCUGUACCAUUCCCAUUCUUCGACAAUGUCAAUUAUCCAAAUACAUUGCAGCGCAUGAGCUAUCACACAAUUUCAAAUGAUCUGUGCAGAGCAAGUGGCAUGGAUAGCGUCACAGAAACUGAGAUUUGUGCACGGGGACCGUUUAGAGGGGCUUGUUCGGGUGACUCUGGAGGCCCCUUAGUACGAAACGACAACGGAGAAAUUAAGCAAGUGGGUGUGGUCUCCUAUGGAUUGGUGGUUUGCGGUCUCUUUGUCUCGCCCGAUGUCUACACGAGAGUUUCAACCUUUAGCGAUUGGCUGCAAGAACGUGUUGAUGCUUAA